AUGAACAUACAACAGGAGCCUGUAAGUGCAAAGUGUUUAAAAAAGGGAAGCAUGACUACUAUGCAAGUGACGGUGCAUGGACCAAAGAAACGGCGCAGAGAGGACAGCUCACAUAGACAGCUCACCUUGGAUAGGGGGGUGGACAUUACCGCGAGUGAGGAGGCCCCAAGCCAUCCCAAAAAACUGUCCCACUCCAUCGAGGAGAUCCUGAGGAAACCAAUCGAGGAGAUCCUGAGGACACCAACCGAGGAGAUCCUGAGAAAACCAACCAGAGUGGGAGAAGAGAGGCGAGAGGGGCUAGGUAACAGACAAAAUGAAGACAAAUCAAACCAGCAGGUAUAUACAGAAGGAACUGGUCAUAACAGGGUGCUGCCACAGCAUGGGCACAUCGUCACUGACUGGAAAGGUGACCACACUUCAUCUGACCAAAACACAAGAGUCACAAAACUACCUCCUAGAGAGUGUCACAUUGAACGCAUCUCCCCAGACCACAGUGGGGACUCCAGCAUCCACAGUAAGGAUAGUGGUCUUCAGGAGAGAGCAGGGCGAGAGGAGGGCCAGGACCAAGGAAGAGUCCAGUGGGAGAGGAACAGCUGCCACCCUCAUGUGCAGAGGAGGAGAAGGCAGACCAGGAUCAGCUUCCCUCCAAGUCAGGUGGAGGAGCUGGAGAAGGUGUUCCUGGAGACCCACUAUCCUGAUGUCCACAUAAGGGAUAAGCUGGCCUCUCGUCUGCAGCUCACUGAGGGAAGAGUACAGAUUUGGUUCCAGAACCGCAGAGCCAAAUGGAGGAAGACUGAGAUGCUAAUGGACAUAGAAAUGAUGGCCGGAGACCAGACACCUAUAUCCAAACCUGGGUUUCUUUAUGAGGUUGAAGAGGCUAUCUCUCUGUUUCCAUUGAAUGCCUCAUCAUGGUAUGGACCGUACCAACAACUACAAAACCUCCACUUCGGGGGGGUUCCAUUCCAGCCUUUUCUACCCAUGUUGUCAGACAUGCAUCAUCAUCCCCUGAGCUCCCUCUGGACCCGACAUUUAUACUCUAUCCCAAGAGUCACUCUUAUUUCACACAUAAUGAACACAAAAUAAAUUCAUCUUCAAAGCUUUGUAAAUAGGGUGUAUUUUGUCAUCUGUGUCUAUAAUGAUGGAGUCAUGGUACUACUAUCUCAGAAGCUAUUGAAAAUGAUGAAUGAAUUGAUCAUUAAGUAUUGUCUCUCAUUGAUACAACAAUAUGGCUCAGUAAAGUGAAUGAGAUGUUUGUGUUUUAUCAGUCACUCUCCACUCAUACAUAUAUGUUGACUGGAAUUCUAUAAUGAUUUUGUCAAUACACAAAUAUACAUACAUAAAUAAAUACAGUAAUACA